GGGGACAGUGUCUCUGGGCUUGGUCACCCCUGUGGAGGGCGUUCAAGUGGAACGUGCCCACCGGAACAAGCAGGCUAAUGCACUGAUCAUUAAUAUCGCCUGUAUGAUUCUGAUGAACUGUGAUCAUGGCUAUAGCGCACGUGGCGACGGAAUAUGUCUUUUCUGACUUUUUACUGAAAGAACAAACGGAGUCUAAGUAUAAAGGGGUGCGGCUGGACCUGGCUGCGGACAAACUGGUGACUUUCAUCGCGGUGGGACUCCCCCUGCUCCUCAUCUCUCUAGCCUUCGCACAGGAGGUGUCUGUGGGGUCACAGAUUAGCUGUUUUCCACCAACCAACUUCUCUCUGCGCCAGGCUGCAUAUGUGGAUUCCUUUUGCUGGGUUGCUGUAGAGAGCCAAUCUACAGAGGAUGGCUCCCCCCUCUGGCUACACAAGUUCUUUCCUUACAUCCUUCUGCUGCUGGCUGUCCUUGUGUAUGUCCCUGCUCUCUUCUGGCGCUUCACAGCUGUGCCUCAGCUCUCCUCGGAUCUCAGCUUUAUCAUGGAGGAGCUGGACCGCUGCUACAAUCGCUCCAUCCGUCUUGCCAAAAGCCUGGCAGCCAGUAGUCCUAGUGGAAAGGACAUUGCUGAGGAUCCCCACAAUGGUCUGGAGAUAGCAGAGGGCUGUUUUAAAUACCCUCUGGUGGAACAGUAUCUAAGGACCAAGCGUGGGACGUGGACUCUCGCGUGGAAGUACCUGCUUUGUCGCAUUCUCACUCUGCUCACCUUGCUGUUAGCUUCCAUCUACUUGGCCUACUACAUCUGUGUGGUCUCUCUUACCGACCAGUUCUCCUGCUACAUACACACAGGUGUGCGGUCAGCAGGUGGGCUUGUGAAUGAUAGCACGCCCCCUUCAGUGCAGUGUAAGCUUGUGGCUGUGGGCGUGUUCCGGUUGCUGAGCACUAUUAACGUGUGUGUGUACCUGCUGCUGAUACCUGCUGUGAUACAUUCUGCCCUGUCACCUGCCCGUCCACACCAGCAUGACUGUUUGCUCCGCCCCUACCGCCUCCUGCCCACUUUCGGCCACGCCAAGGGGCUGCAGUUGGCCACUCGUCGCUAUGACGACCUGAGCAUUUACCUCCUCUUUCUAAAGGAGAACUUGAGCGAACUGAAAAGCUAUAAAUGUCUACAGGUAUUAGAGCUGCUGACAGAAAGAGAAAGUGAAAGCUUAGACACAAUGUGUCUUUUGAGGACUCUUGGACAAGUGAGGACAGAUCUGGUGGACAAAAAACUUACCCCUAUUAUAGAUGGCAACAAUGAAUCUCCUCCCGUGAAGGUGGAAGUGGAUAUAUCCAAGCCCAAAGAUGUCUCCCCUGUGCUGCUGAAGGAUGGACAACAGAAGGAGGCCGACUGCGGCUGUGGGAAGGAUGUGAGACAGAGAAUGGUUUAAAUGUCAUCUGUUGCUGUUGGGAGUUUAAGCAAAAAAAACAGAGACAGCUUGUGAGAAUCCACCAGGCUAGUUUAUUCCAUAAUGUCUUCCAUAAUGUCCAUGCAUGGUCUUAUGAAGGGGUGUAACGGUACAGAAAAUUCACGGUUCAGUUCACACCUCAGUAUAAGCCCCACGGUUCGGUACGUUUUACAGUUGGUGGAAAAUAAAGAGGCUGGGCAUUCUCUAUAGCCUCACCUUUAUUAAAUUCAUAAUAACAAUAAAACUUCAUUAUAAUCAUGUUUUGUUUUUUGGGAUGCAAUGUUGUAAUGGGGCUCGAGCACUUUUAUUAAAUGCUUGAAACCAGGGUUCUCUCCUUCCUUCAUCAUGAGAGGAUCCAUCUUUUGGAUCUUGUUGGAACAAACAAACAAUGAGCCUGAUUGUGGAGCUUUUUAAAGAACAAAAACAAAAGUAUUACUUUAACAGCUUAAACUACAAAUAUGUUUUCCUAAGUAUAUUGCGCAAACCGAACCGUGACCCCGUCACAUGACUGUUGAUAAAGAAUACACGUACCAUUACACCCCUAGUCCUAUGUGUUUAUAUGUGUAUUUAAACUGUGAUCAUCAAUCACAAAAUCCGUUUAAACUGUAAACUGCCUUAAAAAGUACUGCUAAACUUGAAUAGAAUCUGCUGCAUUUAUUUAAAAAGGAAAUGGGAGUACUAGGUACAGUCAGUUUAUACAGUAUAGUUAUGUUGUUGGUUCUCAUGUCUAAAAGUGAAAUAUUCAGGGCAUUAGCGUCUAGCCCAGGGCUGUGAGGACAAAUCAGUUUUUACAAUUUAUUGACUGAUAUGCUGUUUACGGUUUCUUUUUUCAGGUAGAUAUUUUGAAAGGUUUUUAAAAUAAGUAUGUUUUUAUUGGUUAGCUUUUUUACAUUUCUUUGUUAGACAAUUUAAUAAUAAUGAUGAUAAUAAUAAGAUUGAUGAUGACAACAACCCUUGUUUAUACUCUUCUGAACCCUCAUACUAUACCACAGAGCCCUUAACAGACAAGCAAUACAAUCUCAGUGGAACUAACAGCAUGAUUUUGGCAUGUAUUAUAUGAAUAUAGGAAUGUAAAUUAUUAAGUUAAUUAAGAUUAUGAAAUGUGAAUUAAACUUGCAAUAAAAUUUCAGUGAUGACAAUUAUGCUUACAGUAAUGUAAAUAAACUAACUAAGUUCUUCUACCUGUUCA